AUGCCGGCGGUGGCGUCACUCCCGCCACCGGCACCGGCGCCGGCGGCGGUGCGGCGUGGGCGGAGGUUCUCGCCGCCGUCGGCUUCGCUGCGUCGCGCCGCGUCCGGCGGGGGCACGAGCUGGCGGAGCGAGCGGCGGCUCAUGUCGGAGCUGGAGCGCACCGUGACGUCGGGCGCGACGGAGCGCGUCAUCCGCGACUUCGUCGGCACCAAGUCGGAGCGCGCCGCCCUCGCCGCGCUCUCCCGCCUCCUCAUCGACUCCAACACCCUCGCCGUCCCCUUCUACGAGGCGGUGACCCAGGCGCGGUGGUUCAAGUGGAGCUCGAUCCACGCCGCCGCGGUGGCCGCCUUGCUCGAGACCAACGGCGGCGCGGAGGAAUCCAGAUCCCUCGUCGCCGACUCCGCCGCGCGCCUCGAGUCCGCCGCCGAGGUGGCACUCUUCUACUGCGACCUCAUGGCGGCCUUCUCCUCGCGCGGACUGAAGGGCCGGGCCAUGGAUUUCUACGCGCAGCUCCGGGCGAUGCCGCCGCCGCUCGCCGGCGGCGGCAAGACCUACAUGGCCAUGAUUAAGUCCCUGUGCAUGAUGGGCCUCGCCGACGAGGCCGAGGGGGCGCUCAGGGAGAUGGCCGCUCUGGGGUACCAGCCUGAUGCGUUUCAGUUUGGAUUGGUGGCGAAGUGCUAUGGGAAGGCCGGCCAGUUGGCUGAGAUGGAGAGGGUGAUUGCGUCCAUGUCGGACGCCGGCAUCCGGAUGGGCACCGGCGCGGCGAACAUCGUCCUCUCGUGCUACAGCGCAUGUCGAGAUCAUGGGAAGAUGCUAAUGUGGCUGAAGAAGAUGAGGAAGUUGCGUGUGGCACCGACCACCAAGGCUUACAACUUUGUGCUCAACUCGUGUCCGACAGUGGUAUCGAUGGCUCGCGAAUUGGGCCCUUCACUGCCGUUGUCAUCGGCGCAGUUGGUGAAGAAGCUCAAUUCUGGGUCUCCAUGGCCGGCAGAAGCUGAGGUGGUGCAGGAGCUUCUGUCGGCCUCAUCAGUGUCGGACAAGGCGAUGGUUUGGUCAGAAACUGAGGUGAAGCUGAAUCUGCAUGGGUUCAGUAUAACUUCAGCUUAUGUUUUGAUGCUGCAGUGGGUGGACGCGGUGAAGGGAGGCCGUGCGUUGCCAUUGGAGGUGUCUGUGGUGUGCGGUGUCGGGAAGCACAGUGAUGUCCGUGGCGAGCCCAAAGUGCGAGAACUGGCACAGGAGGUUCUGAGCCGGAUGGGAAGUCCCCUGAGGUUGUCUACGAGGAACAAAGGCCGUCUUGUGGCAAAGCGAGACAGGGUGAAGCAAUGGUUAGCCACCGAUUGGGCUUCUCCGGUGCAUGAUGAGAACGCAGAUCAAUCGCCCGACGAGAUUGACCAGCAACCAUUUUUACCUGAACUUUUCAGAAAACUCGGACAGUUUAUUUCCUCAUUUAUGUCAGUUUCCAGAUGAAUGUCAAGCUGUUCCUUGUAGAUUAGGAAGUUCAGAAUAGACAUACAUUCUUUCUUCUGCUGUGCAAUGAUACAAGAUGGGUUUUGUGCGAGUGUUGUAAAAACAUCGGAUUUUUUCAAUGGUGAACGGCUUAGUGCACGAGUGAAUAGAAGAGUUGACGCUCAACUCCUCAACUA